AUGCCGAGGAUGAAACAAAAAAGCGUUCUGAGGAUCACAGUACGCCGACUUAUAUCGGCCAUCGAAUUGCGUCAGCCACAUCCCAUGCAAAUAGACCCAAACCUGGGUAUACACCAGUUUCUUUCACCGACGCGAGAUUACCUGGUGUAUAACCAGGUUUGGGCCCCAACACUAUUUGCAUGGGAUUUGCAUGGGAUGUGGCCGACGCAAUUCGAUGACCGAUAUAAGCCGGCGUACUGUGAUCCUCAGAACGCCUCUUUGUUUCAUCUUCGGCAUCGCCGUGAGAUCGAUAGAAACCUAGAGAACCGGAUGCAUUCAAAGUGGCCUUCACUUACUUCGGAUGAUCACAUCUUCUGGAACAACCAGUGGAUUAAACAUGGAUAUGUGAAGUACAAGGUUAAUGAGAAACCAACACCACAGACUCUUAUUCCGAAAAACAUCAUUUUGAUCAUACCAACAAUUGGCAAAGGGAUGAAUUCUAAGGUGGGAGCAAAGAUAUCACAGGUUGGACCCAAGCCGACUGGUGUUGCGGGGUCGAAUGGGAGGGUGUAUGGGAGGGGAUCUUAUGCAACAACAUUAAAAGAUGGAAGCGCUAAGGGUUGGAUUUAUUUUCACGGUGAUCGGUGGUUUGCAAAUAUCUGGAAGGGAAAAGAAAAUGGAAAGGGGUGCUUUUACACUGGUGAUGCCUUUUUUGGCAAAGACAGAUGGCGGCUUGGAACGAGUGAACCUAUCAGUCAGAAAGUGUCUCCUUUAAAGGUUUUGGAUAAUGUCAAUCUACUGCAUAAGAGUAAUAAGUCCUAUCUGCCUCUAUGUUGCAACAAGGAUUCAGAACUUAAGUCUUCCAAUACCAGCUUAGAAGACUGUUCAAGAUCUUUUUCUGGUUUUAGUUUUCCUGAUGAGGACAGUUUAACACAUGACGGACCUUUCUCGACCCUUGAAGUGCUUGAAGUGAGAAUUCCACCUCGUAUUGAUAGUUUCAUGUCUUCUCCUGAAAGCAAUCUGAUUGAAGAUGAUUUGGAUAGUCCAGACUCAACUUUUGAGGAUGAUCAGCAUCCAGGCUAUGACUGUUCUGUAAAGGGAGCUCCUGAAUUAAACACAAAGUCCGAUGAUGCCUUUUUUUUGGCAAUUUCAAAGACGGAUGGCGGCUUGGAACGAGUGAACUAG